AUACAGGAAGGAAGAGCUUUUCGUCUGCACCGCGCGCUGUCCACUAGAGAAUGAAUAUAUAAAAAUUUACCAUCCCAACCACAUUUCGCUCAGUUGGUUGCGAUCGGCCAGAUCGUCCGGACGUGUUUCUAGUGGAAAGUUGGAAAACGACGAAGUGGUUGUUUUGUUGCGGCUAAACAGUGAGUAGUGAGUACGGGAUCUCGUAGACAAUCAGCUGAUAAAGUGUGGGAAAGUUCUAAAACAAUAAUAUGAUAGCCGAUGACCUGCUCUGGAAGUAAACAUUUGGCAAACCACUCGUUACCACUUGAUCGAAUCGGAGAAGUUUUGCGUGUUCGCUAGUGAAAUCAAACGUUAAUUAAAGCUCUGAUAAGAAAUGCAGUGAAGCGUCGCAUAGCCGAAGCCGAACCUGAUCGUUUGAAAAUCCCGUGUUCCUGAUCCGUAACCAAAAAUCACCUAAGCUAAAAUGUGGUCGUACAAACCGUGCGUGCUGUUUGCCGUUGUGCUGUGUACUGGGGUCACGUUUGCUAUUCAAGUUCCAACAAUCGAUCAGUUGAGUAUUGCCAGUAACGAUCGGCAAGAUUUUGCAUCUCCAUAUGCUCAAACACCGGCUGGAUACGGGGGCAAAGAUGAACCGCGAGCUUACCGACCGGAUACGUCAUCCCUGGAUUUUGUUUAUCAUAAUCAUGAGGAUAUGACCAGAUAUCUGAGAGCGACGACAGCUCGAUAUCCUAAUCUAACGGCGUUGUAUUCCAUCGGCAAGUCCGUUCAAGGCCGCGAUUUAUGGGUGAUGGUCGUUUCAGCUUCCCCGUACGAACACAUGCUCGGUAAACCGGAUGUUAAAUAUAUCGGAAACAUUCACGGAAACGAAGCUGUUGGGCGCGAACUGCUGCUUCAUCUAAUACAGUACCUGAUUACGAGUUAUACUAGCGAUCCUUAUAUUAAGUGGUUGCUGGAUAACACUAGGAUUCAUAUCUUGCCUUCGUUGAAUCCGGAUGGGUAUGCCGCUUCCAAGGAGGGCACAUGCGAUGGCGGCCAAGGGCGCUACAAUUCACGAGGGUUUGAUUUAAACCGGAACUUCCCCGAUUAUUUCAAACAGAAUAAUAAACGAUCUCAACCAGAAACGGAAGCAGUGAAGGAGUGGAUAUCUAAGAUCCAGUUCAUUCUCAGUGGUUCAUUGCAUGGUGGUGCCCUAGUUGCCAGUUAUCCAUACGACAACACUCCAAAUGCUAAGAUUUGUCGAUCCUCGUCAACUUGUGCCGUGUUCAAUAGCUACGUUCAGCAACCCUCGCUGACUCCAGAUGACGACGUAUUCAAGCAUCUUUCGUUGACUUACUCCAACAAUCACGCCAAGAUGUCUCGAGGAGUAGCCUGCAAGUCAGCUUCGCCUUCCUUCGAGAACGGAAUUACAAACGGAGCGGCUUGGUAUCCAUUGACCGGGGGAAUGCAGGACUUCAACUACGUGUGGCACGGAUGCAUGGAGGUUACACUGGAGGUAUCAUGCUGCAAGUUCCCUCCAGCGUAUGAACUGCGUAAGUACUGGGACGACAAUCAACUAUCGUUGAUUAAAUUCCUCGCUGAGGCUCACCGUGGCGUACAAGGUUUUAUCGUCGAUCCCAACGGUAGUCCAAUUGAACGGGCACAGCUGAAGAUCAAAGGUAGAGACGUCGGAUUUGUCACUACCAAGUAUGGCGAGUUUUGGAGAAUACUGAUGCCCGGUGUGUACAAACUGGAGGUGUUCGCCGAUGGUUUCGUUCCCAGAGAUGUUGAUUUCAUGGUAGUGGAACAACAUCCGACAUUGCUUAACGUAACCAUGCAACCGUCAAAGCGUAACGAUGGAGCUUACUACCGCCCCGUACAAUCUUCCCCGUCGCAGUAUCGUCCGCAAUUAGCCGUUCCGGCUGCCCAAACUAGCGGCAGUAACUCCUCACCACCCGACGAAGGCAUCCUAUCCACACUGAGUAAUGGUUUCAACAGUUUGGUGAAUAACAUUUUCGGUUGAUCCAUAAGUUCGGUAACCCACUGUUAUGAAGGAUGGUGGAACUGAAUGCACUUUUAAUCAAUGGCAUAGACAACGAAACUCAUAUUUCGAGUGCUAAAUGAUUGGCUGAAAAAGGAAAAUAAUUCCCCACUAUCAAAUUACGAAUAGAUUCAACAGUUUAAAAACGUGGGUUCCAGUGAUACAAAGAAAGUACAUUCGUUUUAUAUUGAAAUAAAUACAAUCCGACUUAGAACAUCUUUAGAGUAGUUGCAACAUAAACACAUAUUUAAGUCCUAUGCGACAGAAGAUAUUCGAUAUACUGAAGGCGUUCUCAGCCUAUAUUCACAUUUUAGUGAUUAAAUAAGAGCUAUUGUUCAAACUAAUCGAAGGAAAUGCUUCUAAAUUACAAAUUUGUCGUAGAUACGUAGAAUAAUUGUUAAAAAUACCUAUUAUAGACUCAGAUGAUAAAGACCUAUUUAUUACGAUAAUAGCGACAAAAAGUCGUCAAAUAUAUUAAUGAAAAUAUA